AUGAGCACCGUUGACAUUGCUUCCUCUUUCAUUGAAGGAGCUCCUCCGGGAGAGUUGUCCGACGUAGUCGCUGACAUCAAAGCGCUCACCUCAGACGGCCCCGACAUCAUCCCCGACCUCGAACCGGCCUUUAAAAGCUAUAAUGAGAAGCAAUUGGCUACUGUGAAGCUUCCCGGAAGCAGCCAGCAGGUGAUUGUGAGCGAGUUUAAUAGAUUGGAUGGAGACCGAUACUUUGACGUUGAGAGUUCGACGUCGUUUGAGUUUGAUCAUAUUACACAGACCGCUUCAGCCUCGCAAUCAUACCCCCUCGACUCGCAAAAUGCAGAUCUCAUAAAAUCUCUCCUUCGAUCUGUCUCUACGCAUGCAAAGGAGCACUACCCUAGUUCUACCUAUGGAGUCUAUCCCAUCGAGAACGAUUCCGCCGUCGCCAUUGUCCUAGUGGCCAACCGCUACUCUCCGAAUAAUUUCUGGAACGGCCGUUACCGCUCCAUCUACCAAAUCCCCACCUCCUCAUCUUCUACCACAAUCACCGGCAGUAUCCACGUCGACGUGCACUACUACGAAGAUGGCAAUGUGGCCCUGAGCACCACGAAACCGGUUUCGCUCUCAUUGUCGAAUAUAUCCGCUGAAUCAAUCAUGACCAAAAUCGGUGCUGCGGAGCGCGAUCACCAGGAAGAAUUGAACAGAGCGUUCAGUCGUCUGGCGGAAGGAGCUUUCAAGAGUUUGAGACGGCAGUUGCCGAUUACGAGGCAGAAGGUUGAGUGGGAGAGGGUUGGAGGAUAUCGUCUUGGACAGGAUAUUUCCGGUGGAAAAGGGCGGUGA